UUAUAUCAUGUUCUUGUACAGAACUGUGGUGCGAUUAGGGUUGGAUUUAGCUCGGCAAAGGCAACGCAUGCGUCGAGAAUUUUGACGAGAAUUAUUGACGGGAUUUGAAAAUUUGUGAAGAUGGCAGAGCGCGAAGGUCGAGUGCAUCCUGCUUGCAUCAAUGCGGGCAAUCCACACCACGAGUGCGUGGAGUUUUGUUUUCGGAGAAUCGCGGAGAAGCAAUCACACGCUCAGCAACCUCAUCAAGCUGAGGUCGCAGAGAAGCUACCACCUCCUUCAUCUCCCGCCCGAGAUGAUCCAGUCCAGUCUGAGGAGGACAGAGCAGCUCAGGAAGCUGAGGAGCAAAGAAACAAGGAGGCAUACGCCAAAAUGAGCGAGAAGCAGAAAAAACUUUUUGACUUACGCCUCAAGCUGAAUGCAGCUCGUAAGGCGAACGAAGCUGCUAAAAUUGCUGAGAAGAAGCGAGAGGAGGCACCUCAAGAGGUUCGAGGUGUGUCGAAGGCAAAGUGGUUCGAAGAGAGGCAAAAGAGGAUGGGCAAGGUACUGGAAACAAAUGGUCUAGAUAUGAAGAAAGCUUACCUGCUUGACACUCAGGAGCAAGCAGAAGCUAAGUACGAGAAGUGGGAUAAAAAGCCAGCAGCAUUCGGAUGGGAUGUUUUUAACCAGAAGUCGUUGUACAAUGCUUACAAAAAGCGAACUAAGGACAUCCCGUAUGGAAUGGAGGAUUAUAACAAAGCAAAGGACGCAGAUCCCGAUUUUUAUAGAGAUGGAAGCAGCCUUCAAUACGGCAAGGCUCCAGAAGUUCCGGAGGAGAAUGUUGACCGGAUGGUUGCCGAACUUACAUCCAGAAGUACGCAGCGCAAGGAAUUUAGCCGUCGUCGUAAGUUUCAUGACGAGAAGGAUAUUGACUCAAUUAAUGACAGGAAUGAGCACUUCAAUCGGAAGAUCGAGCGUGCUUUUGGAAAGUAUACUGUGGAGAUCAAGAACAACUUGGAGAGAGGAACAGCUCUUCCUGAUUAAGUUGCUCUCGUGUUAUUUGGGCAAGUUCUUCUUCCUCACAGAAGCAAUUGUAAGAAGUCGUCUGUUGAACGACAUCGAUGGCUCAGUGCUUGGCUACAGCCCGUCUCAUGGACAUACAUACAUACGACAGGGGCUGCUCGACCUGUAGUGGCACGCCGACUAUCUGCUUCUGACUCCCCAGGUCAUGAAGAUCGUUCGAAGAAUCAUGCGAGGCCUAAUUGGCGUGCAUCAUUGUAUACACUAGUGGGGAAGCUGUCAACGUUUGCGAGGAUGACCACCAUGUUAGCAGACAGAAGGCAUGAUUUGCAGAACUCGUUCAGAAAAGUUCUGACACUCGGAAUAGUCCUGAGAUCCGAGAAGAUCAGUAACGUCUUGGUUUUAAACCAGCUGAGCAUUUUGUACAGUACGUAGUUUGAUCAGGCUCUCCUCUGUAAAUUAAGCCAUUGGAGACCCGAACAUAUGUUCGAGGAAUAGAAAAAAGGAUUUUCGAUAUUGCUUCUAUCUCUGAUCAGGACCACCGUGCGGCCCAGGUCUGAUGACAUCGUUAUGGAAUGAUUCUGAUGCAUGCAGUGGAAUAAGAGGUUUGUAGGAAAAUUGUUUUGGGGCGAAUGCCGGGCCGUCCAGUACCUUUGUAACGAUUGUCCCGACCAACCAUAGAGGGUAUCGAUUCUCAUGGACGGUGACAAGAGCAGAGCCUUCGCCAAGGCUGCCGAGUGUUACCUCGCCUACACAACCUGCCCUAGAGAUAUCCCGAGGAGGACAUCGAACCCAUCAUUUGUCGAUCCAAGCUGUAAAGCCGCUGCAGAUGGCGUUCUAGCUCCUGGCGUCUGCCAAAAC